GCGAGAUAUCUAGGGAGAGUAUAGCAACAAAACCAUAUAUAUAUUUUUAUAAUUAAUUUAUAAAAGAAAAUGAAAAGAAAUUAUUUAGAUAGGCCUAAGCCUCCGUUAUGCAACUUGAAAAAAUUUGUAGUAGUUUCUGCUCUGAUUAUCAUUAUACUUACUUUUACAAGUAGAAGUUUUAAAAGGAGUGAAACGCCGGAGAAACAUGUUUCAGAAAAUAAAAAACCAGAUAAACCUCUAAGAACUAUUGAUAAAGGUAAACUAAAUUCGCUUAAAUAUACUGAAUCGGAAGAUUCUUUGGCUGGAGUACUUGGUGCUAAGGAGGAAGACCCAAAAAAUAAACUUGAAAAAUAUGAUAGGUUACGAAACGCAUUCGUUUACAAGGAGAAAAACAUUGCUAUUGUCAAUGAUUAUUUUAAUGAAUCGUUAAGUUUUGAACAAAGAGCUAAAAACUUGGUCUUACAUCUUGGAUUAAAUCGACUUUUACAUAUGAGUACAUAUGCUAGACAGGGUACAACCUUACCUAUUGAGUCAUUAGGUAUUAAAGCUUUUGCAUGGCACACGGAAUGUCUUCAUGGGCAGGUUGGAACCAAAGGAACUGGAUUUCCUCAUUCUAUUAAUCUAGCCGCCACGUUCGAUCCCGACCUAGUUAAAAGAGUUGCAAGCGCUAUUGGAGAUGAAAUUCGAGCAAUCAACAAAAAGUCGAAAGAAUUAAGGAACGCUGAAGUAACUAAUCAUGGACUAAAUUGUUUUGCUCCAGUUGCAAAUAUCAUGAGACAUCCUCUUUGGGGUCGAAAUCAGGAAACCUAUGGCGAGGAUCCUGAACUAGUUAAAACAAUGAUUAGAGCUUUUAUCACCGGUAUUCAGGGUGAUGAUCCUAAAUAUUUGAAAGUGUCAGCCGGUUGUAAACAUUUCAUAGCACACAGUGGGCCAGAGAACUCAAUGUAUGAUUCAACUAUAAAAGUCUCCGAUCGUGACUUUUAUCUUACCUUCUUACCACCAUUUAAAGAAUGUGUAGAAGCCGGAGCAUCAACAAUUAUGUGUACAAAUCACAGGUUCAACGGUACACCGUCGUGUGUCCAUAGAGCACAAAAAGAAAUUCUAAGAGAUAAAUUGAACUUCAAGGGAGUUAUUGUUGCAGAAGAUAGAGCCAUUUCAAAUCUCUUACAAAGUAAAUUAUAUGGAAAUGUUUCAAAAGCAGCCUUUGAUGUUUUUAAAAAUGGUGUUAAUCUUGAAAGUGGAGGAUAUAGUAUGUACCAUUUGAAGAAUUUUAUCCAAACUAAGGAAUUAAGUGUUUCGGAAAUUAGGGAAAGUGUUGCAAAAUUAUUUACGAUACGGAUGAAAUUAGGAGAAUUUGAUCAAUUCCAUCCAUAUCAAAAUAUACCAUUUACGGAAGUUCAACACGAAGAACACAACCAAUUAGCGUUGGAAGCCGCGCUAAAAUCUAUAGUUUUGUUAAAAAAUGAAAUCAAGCACGACAAUGGAUUCCUUCCCUUAAGCGAAUCAGUUAAAAGUCGUGGUACUAUAUUACUUGGUCCAUUCAUAAACAAUUUACAGUUUGUAUACGGAAAUGCUGCUGCCUAUGCUGAUAACCAAUUUGGGUCAUCUGUUCAUGACGGAAUAGUUUUCUUGGCUAACAAGACUUAUCCACAUAACAUUUGUAAUACUCCAGCCUGUGGAGAUUCGGAUGAAGAACAAAUUGAUGGAUUAUUGGACAAGGCUUUCAAAAAUGACGCUUCACUAGUAAUUUUAACGCUUGGGACUGGUUCUGAAUUGGAGGGAACUGGAAAUGAUCGAAAAACAUUGAAUCUACCCGAAAACCAGGAAUAUAUGUUAAAAAAAUCGAUUCUUUUGGCUUCUAAGAAAAAUUUACCAAUUGUCCUACUACUAUUUUCCGGAGGUCCUUUAAAUAUUACACUAGCUGUGAAAUCAAAUCAAGUUAAAUCUAUUUUGGCUUGCCUUUAUCCGGGUCAGAUGACCGGUCAUGCCAUCUAUCGUAUACUGACAAAAUUUGGUCAGUUUUCUACACCCUCCGGUCGAUUACCAUUCACUUGGCAUGCAAAUGCUACUGCGAUAGAUUCCAUUGAAAGCUACGAUAUGCAAGUCUCAGGUCAUACUUAUAGAUACUUUCGAGGAGAACCCCUAUUUCCAUUCGGUUAUGGUUUAUCUUAUUCUAAAUUCCACUAUUAUAAUGUGUCAGUGUAUCCGUCCCAAAUCAGCACAUCCAUGCAGGACUCAGAGGCUAUUUCUGUAACGGUAAUGGUAAAGAAUAUAGGGAGAGUUUCUUGCGACGAGAUUAUUCAAGUCUACGUAGAAUGGUUGGAAACUCCUUUCCCCAUGCCAAACAUUGAGCUUGUAGCAUUUAAGAGAAAAGAUCUACCUGCCACCAUUGGUAGACCAAUAACUGAAACAUUUACAUUAACAAAAAAACAUUUGUCAAUCUUCCAAGACAAGGAAAAUGGUUUUAAACUAUUUCCAGGUAAAAUCAGAAUCUAUGCUGGAGGAAUCCUACCAAAAUCGAGGUUUAGCAAUUAUUUUGGAGCAUACGCCAGUACGAUAUUGAAUGUUAAAGGACCAGGAUUAAGAAGACCCGAAAACUAUGAUCCACAAACACCAAAGUAUCAAUAUCAAUUGAACCCUAAACCAAUUAGAGGUCAACAUCCCUUAACUAGAGUAUAAAACAAAGCUGCACUAGAAAUAAUGAAUUUAGAAACGAAUAGAAAAGAGAAAAAAGUGUUUUUUCUACUUUAGAAGAAUCUAUAUAGAAGAGAAAAAGGGAACUUUGAAUGACCUUUUACUUGAUUUUAACAAAGUCCUAGUUAUGUUUUGCUAUUGUAGUUAAUGUUUUACCAUAAUCGGUCAAAAUAUCUAUUUUAGAAAGCAAAGAAAUAAAAAAAACUAGUAUAAAAGCAUUACAAGGACAAAAUUUAGUUUAAAUUACAUAAUAAAAUAGAAUGUAUACAUAAAUAAAGUAUAAAAAAUACAAGUUUAUUCUAUUCAAGUCUCGAA